AUGGCAGACUACAGCGCUCAGCAGGGGAGGGACUACGGCCGUCCUGCCGGUUACGGCCACGGAGGUCGCGAUGCCGCCUUCAACGACAUCUUCGGCGCCCGCCCGCAGGACGGUCGCUCGCAGACAAUGACAUCGCAAUCCUUCCAGCGCCCGCCCGACCGCGCCGCCACCAUGUCGGGUCAAGUUUCGGACAUGAUGCAGCGCAUGCCGCCCAUGCGGCCCGGGGCUAACGGCUACGGCCAACCCCAGCCCAACGGCUACAUGCCGCCGCCAAGAGGCCCUCCGAACGGCCCAGCUCCUCCACGAGGCCAGCCUCAAGGCCAAUACCUGCCGCAGCCGAUCCGUCCCGACCGCCGCCCGUACGACAUGCCCCAGCGCAUGGACCCGCGCGGCAUGCCGCCACCCCAAGGCUACGGCAACAAGCCCCUCCCUCAAAGAUUCCCUGGCGGUGCUCCCGGCCCCGCGCUGAAUUCCGACGCCUAUCGCUCGCAAUCGCUUGCCUCCGCACCGCGCCCGCAAAUGUACCCCCCUGGCUACAACAUGAACCCCGCCCAUACCUUCCGCCAGGCUCCCUACGCGAACCAGGCCAGGAUGACCGCUUCCGGACGCGUGGUUCCCGAGCGCUCUGACGAGAGAACCAUGUCCCUUUCGUCCUUCAACCGUGACCACGAAUACACCCAGACCAUGAGCGGGCGCGUCAUACCGAACCGUCCGAAGCAGGAGCCCAACGGUGUGCCCAUGGACCGCCCCGCGGCCGGUGGCCCCCCAGUACAGCCUUUUGUCCCCCAGCCGGGCACCAAGACGAGAAGUCCGAGUCAAGGGAGCUUCAGCACGCAAAGGACCAUGUCCAUGGCCUCGACCAUCUGCCCACCGUCUGAAGCUGGUGAAAACGCGCUGAAGCCAACCAAGUCGGGCUCGGGCCGCCAGGGACAGCCGGGAGCCCCGCGAGAGCGGCCAUUGGUCUACCCGGCACUGUUGUCCAGGGUCGCUGAGGUUUUCCGGGAAAGGGUGGUGCUGGGCGAGAAGGAUAAGGAUGGUCUGGUCUACCAAAGCGCUUUCACCGGUGCUGAAGCGGUCGAGCUCAUAGCAUACAUCAUCAGAACAUCGGACAGAAAUCUUGCGCUUCUUUUGGGCCGGUCUCUGGAUGCGCAAAAGUUCUUUCACGAAGUCACGUAUGCUCACAGAUUACGCGAUUCGCAAGCUGAGGUCUACCAAUUCCGCGAAACCCUGAUGGAGGACUCGACCGAGGUCAACGGCGUUUUCACCCUGCUUACCGAAUGUUACUCUCCGACUUGCACACGUGAUAAGCUGUGCUACUCUAUUGCUUGCCCCAGGAGGCUGGAACAGCAGGCACGGUUGAACUUGAAGCCUCAGCCGGGUCUCAAGAAGCAGGAAUCGAAGGCCAGUCUUCACGAUGACGAUGACGGCGAAGAGAAGAAGCUCUGGAUCAUGACCGUGUCCAAGGAAAUUGCCGACAGUAUCACCGACAAGGAGAAGAAGCGCCAGGAGGUCCUUUCCGAACUGAUGUACACCGAGCGAGAUUUCGUGAAGGAUCUAGAGUAUCUUCGCGACUUCUGGAUGAAGCCAUUGCGGAACCCCCAAACGUCCCCGAUUCCGGAACACCGACGCGAAAAGUUCAUCCGCACCGUCUUCUCCAACUGCCAGGAGGUUUACAAGGUUAAUGCUCGACUUGCGGAAGCUCUGACGCGCCGACAGCAAGUGGAACCCGUCGUUCACAAUGUUGGAGAUAUUUUCCUGGAGUACGUGCCGCAUUUCGGGCCGUUUAUCAAGUACGGUGCCAAUCAGCUUUUCGGCAAGUAUGAGUUCGAGCACGAGAAAAAGACGAACCCGGCAUUCGCAAGAUUCGUAGAAGAGGUUGAGAGGAUGAAGGAAUCCAGGAAGCUGGAGUUGAACGGUUACCUCACCAAGCCGACGACGAGAUUGGCGCGUUAUCCGCUUUUGCUUGAGAACGUGUUGAAGUACACGGCAGACGACAACCCAGACAAGACCGACAUCCCCAAGGCCAUUGCAAUCAUCAAGGACACCCUCUCGAAGGUCAACGUCGAAUCAGGAAAGGCGGAGAACCACUUCAACUUGGUGCAGCUGAACAGGGACUUGAAAUUCCGUCCCGGUGAAUAUGUGGAUUUGAAGCUGACCGAGGAAAACCGCCAACUGAUCUUCAAGGGCUCAUUGAAGAAGACACCGACUGAUAACACCAGCGACAUCCAGGCUUACCUCUUCGAUCACGCGGUUCUGCUUGUCAGGAUAAAGACGGUCAACAAGAAGGAGGAGAUGAAGGUGUACAAGAAACCUAUUCCACUGGAGCUUCUGGUAAUUACGCAAAUGGAGGAGGUUCUGCCCAAGCAAGGCGCGAAAGCGGACAACAAGCAACAGGGUUACCCGAUCACCUUCAAGCACCUGGGCAAGGGCGGUUACGAGCAGACGCUGUACGCAUCGACGCAGAUUUCGCAGGAGAAGUGGAUGAAGCACAUCCAGACGCAACAGAAGAACCUCAGGGACCGCAGCAAUAUUUUCACCAAGGAGAUCGUGUGCGAAGGCUUCUUCAACCAGGCCAUCAAGGUCAACUGCUGCGUGCCUCUCGAUGGAGGCCGGAAGCUGGCCUAUGGUACUGACUUUGGUGUUUACGUUGCUGACCGCAGACCGAGAGACGCCUCCAUCAAGCCCAAGCGGGUCUUGGAAUGCAAGACGGUCACCCAAAUCGAUGUCCUGGAGCAGCACCAGAUUCUCCUGGUUCUCUCUGACAAGACCAUGUACUCGUAUCCUCUGGAAGCGCUGGAUCCCGACGAGAACCAAGGCUCGGUGUCCAAGAGGGGUCGCAAGAUUUGCCAUGCCAACUUUUUCAAGGCCGGUGUAUGCGUUGGUCAGCACCUCGUGUGUUGCGUCAAGACCUCGGCUCUCUCGACGACGAUCAAGGUGUACGAGCCCAUGGAGAACAUGGCCAAGAAGACGAGGAAGACCGGUAUCUCCAGGAUGCUGGCUGGUGGCCAGGACGUGCUCAAGCCGUACAAGGAAUUCUACAUUCCCACCGAAUCGACAUCGAUCCAUUUCUUGCGCUCCAAGCUCUGCGUUGGUUGUGCCAAGGGCUUCGAGGUUGUGUCCCUCGAGACUCUCGAGACGCAGUCUCUGCUGGACCAAGCCGACACUUCUCUGGACUUCGUCGCAAGGCGCGAGAACAUCAAGCCUAUCCACAUCGAGCGCCUCUCGUCCGAGUUCUUGCUCUGCUACACGGACUUCUCGUUCUUCGUCAACCGCAAUGGUUGGCGGGCGCGUCCGGACUGGAAGAUCACGUGGGAGGGCACGCCGCAGGCGUUUGCCAUCUUCAACCCGUACAUCCUUGCCUUCGAGCCCAGCUUCAUCGAAAUAAGACACAUGGAGACUGGUAUGCUGGUUCAUAUCUUGACUGCGAAGAACAUCAGGAUGCUGCACUCUUCUACGAGAGAGAUCCUGUAUGCCUACGAAGACGAGAUGGGCGAGGAUACGAUCGCAUCGCUGGAUUUCUGGUCGCGCCCCCAGAGCCCACCGCAACAGAAGCAGCCGUCGGUGCCGCCGCAGAUCCCCGCGCAGAGCUUCUCGCCGUAA